AGAGAGAGGCAGGGAUGGCAUUCAUGCAGACCUGUGAGUGACACUGUGAGCAGCUUUUUAGUGGACCACUAUGAUGCGUUUAUCCACGUUUCAAUGUACUACUUUGUUUGGAGCCGAUGGUCCUGAUGGAGCCUUCUGUAACGUUACAAACAAAGCUGGAGCAUCUGGAUCAUUAUGGGCACAUCCGGCCUGAAGCUCAUCUGAUAGAUUUUUUUUUUUUUUUAAUUUUCAGUUUUUAAUUCAUCUUUACAUAUUAAAUCAACCAAGAUGAUGGAGGUGUUGUGGAUUGAGGAUUGUCAGCGCAACAUGUGUAGGUUUAAAGUCAGAAAUAAACUUAUUAUAAAAGCUACAUAAAUAAAAAAGUUUUAAUAAUUUAUUUUGAUACUGAGUAAGAUGACAGUAGGUGUGUAAUGCAAAAAGGGGAGAUUCUUUUUUGUAAAAUAAAUUGGGAAGCAAUUAUUUUAAAGACAAAACAGUGUCUAUAGUGCAUGGGCUCUAUGUUAUGGCAUAGAGCUGCGUUUUUAUUACUUAUCAUACUUUGAACUUGACAAGUUAUUAAGUAGGUAUUUAAACAUGAAAAUAGGCCCUAUAAUGUCCUUUUGUUGACAUUUUGUGUCUGUCCAUUUAUAAUACACUGUCAGUGAUACUGUCCACAUCAACAUCCAUGUCCAGGUUGAUGGGUGACGUUUUUUUUUUUUAAAGUCACAGCAGGUGUUUCACCUGAGAGAGAGAGAGAGAGAGACAGAGAGAGAGACAGAGAGACAGAGAGACGGAGAGAGAGAGAGAUGUUUAAAGUGGUUUAUCAAACUUCCUGUUAGUUUCUACUUAAUUGUGCUCUUUAAGUGAAGCUGGAGGGGCUAUUAUUAAGCCUCCAAAUCUUCUCAGGGGAGGUUCUGCAGGGAGGUCUGAGACACACCUUCAUUUAACAGUUUUAACAACAAUAACAAUUAAAAAAGCAUAUAAUUAAAGAAUACCAACAGAUGUGAAUUUAUUUCCUAAAUUAGACAAAAAAGAAAAAGCUAUUUUGAUUUAAUUUUUUUGCCUCAUUGACAAAAUUAAAUUAAAUCUGGUGGUGUUUUUUUGGGGGGGGGGAAGGACCUUCACAUCAGAAUCAGAUUCAGAAUCAGAAUCAGAAUUCUGAUUCUGAUUCUGAUGUGAAGGAAUUCUGAUUCUUCUGUUCUUCACAUGAAAAAAAACUUCUUUAACAACUCUUGAUGUAACCAGUUUAUUUAUAUCCAUCAUUAAACUUCUCUUCAAAGUCUAAGUGGACUGCCUGAUCAUAAACACGCACCAUACAUCCAGUACGUGCGUAUAGAGCGAGCUGCCUGUCUCUUUAAGACGAUGUGUUGAGAAGUUCAAGUCGGGGUCACUUGAAGUUCCUGCCCUCGAUCUUACCUUUUAGUUUUAUUAUAGACUGACAUCACACGGGGCGCUAAAACACUUAAGGCGCAUAGAGGCUCCAUUAUCAUCCCGGUGCAAAAAUAGCUAAGGAAAUUACUAGAAAAAAAAAAAGAAAUAGGAGGAAACUGAUGCUGGUCUAAGCACGUAUUUUUUUUUUUUUUUUGUGUUUUUUUCUAGGAGGGGAUGAGUUUGAGAGGAGAGGAGGGGCAGAGAAAGAGAGAGAGGGAGAGAGGGAGGAAAGUGGGUGGGAGGACGGACCUAAAGGAGCGACAAGAAAUUCAUAUCAAUUAAUAAUCAUAAAAAAAAGAGCUGGCAGACGCGCUCGGAAAACUGGCAUGGUUUUUUGGAGGCUGGCAGUUCAAAGCUGAGACGUCAGAUAUGACUCCUAGGCUGCUGAGAUGAUCAUUAAGGGAGACUUAGAUCGGAUGGCAGAAGACAUCGGGCAUGCAGAUAUCUGUUGUUGCAGGUGGCGGACUGAAGACGAUGCUGGGUGCCAUGGAAGUUCCAAGUCAUGCUAGGGAUCUCCUCCUGCAGCUCAACAGCCAACGAACCAAAGGCUUCCUGUGUGAUGUUAUCAUCGUGGUGCAGAACGCCCUCUUCAGAGCUCACAAGAACAUUCUGGCUGCCAGCAGCCUCUACUUGAAAUCCUUGGUGGUCCACGACAAUCUCAUCAACCUCGACCACGAGAUGGUGAGUCCGGGGGUCUUCAGAGUCAUUCUGGACUACAUCUACACGGGCCGCCUCAGUGACGGAGAUCCCACUUGUCCCACUGAACCCAAUCUAGGCGCCGUCUUGGCAGCGGCCAGCUACCUUCAGCUGCUUGACUUGGUGGCUUUGUGCAAAAAGAAGCUGAAAAGAAAUGGCAAGUACCCUCCCCGCCCAGGUCCUGCAUUUCUGCCCUACCCAAAGAUGGGGCCCAAUAGUAUGGGUUUAGGGAGUGGUGGCAGGUACAGGAUUUCUACUCCUGUCAUUCAGUCCUGCCCUCCAGGAGGAAUUUUGAACAGCCAUGCAACCCGGGCAUCACCACUAGACGACCUAAUCCCCCAUCGACUCGCCAUCCAUGCUGGGGAGCUGUACGCUCCCACCUCCAUCCAUGGCUCUCAGGUGUUCCCGUCCCUGCAGUCAGCUCUGCCUGCCCAGCUUGGGCGCGCAGCUCACCACGACAGGAACUGCUCCCCCAACUACGGCCUUGACCUCUCCAAGAAAAGCCCCAACUCCCAGUCUCAGCACACGCCGUCUCAAUCCCACCUGGCAAACACUCACAAUGACGAGGAGCGAGACGGGACGCUGAGCGGCCGCGCCAGCCCCGUCCAGGGGACGAACGGAAGGGCCUUCCCCUCAGAAAAAAUGGACUCCACCGACCAAGCGAGCUCCCUCACUCCUCCACCUUUCCCCCAUCUCAACCAGCCUCUUGGCCCACACCUCCCUCACCUGCAUCGCUCCGGCUCCCAGGGCAGAGACCGCUACCCGUGCCCCCCGAGCCCCGACACCCCCACGGAAGGCGGAGAGGCGGGCAGAGAUAUGGGCAACAUCUACCGCUGGGUGAAACACGAGCCACUGUCAUACGCAGCUGAAGAUGAAGACGAAGAUGAGGAUGAGGAGGAAGGGGGUGAGAAUGGAGAACAGCAUCACAACCACCACAAGCCCGGGGAGGAGAGCGAAGGAGCGGACGACAAGAGCGGGUCAGGCACGGAGGAGACGGGCAGCAGUGAAGGCCGCCCGUCCCCUUCUGGACCAAUGGGGAGGUUCCACAUACCGUAUGAGCCAGAGAGCUUCGGGGACAAUCUGUACGUCUGCAUUCCCUGUGACAAAGGCUUCCCGAGCUCGGAGCAGCUCAAUGCACACGUGGAGACGCAUACGGAGGAGGAGCUGUACGGCAACUCUGGUGGGGAGAUGGGAAACAGCAACAACAGCAGCAGCAAAAACAUGAGCGGUAACACAAACGGUUACGGGAGCCUGAACAGCAGCAACAGUUUGAACAGUCUGUCUCACCUGGAGACCAAGUCCAGCCAGGGGCUGAGCUCAGGGGGCAUCGGGGAGAUGAUGCGACCCUACCGCUGCUCCUCCUGCGAGAAAUCCUACAAAGACCCGGCCACUCUGCGCCAGCACGAGAAGACCCACUGGCUGACCCGGCCUUACCCCUGCAGCAUCUGCGGCAAGAAGUUCACGCAGCGUGGCACCAUGACGCGCCACAUGCGCAGCCACCUGGGCCUCAAACCCUUCGCCUGCGACUCCUGCGGCAUGCGCUUCACCCGGCAGUAUCGCCUCACCGAGCACAUGCGCAUCCACUCGGGGGAGAAGCCCUACGAGUGUCAGGUGUGCGGGGGGAAGUUCGCUCAGCAGCGCAACCUCAUCAGCCACAGUAAGAUGCACAGCAGCGGGGGGAGCGCGGGGGGCCUGACCUCAGAUGGGAAGCUGAAGCUGGACUUUUCUGAGGGCAUCUAUCCUCUGAGUAAAUAUGCAGCGGAGCAUCUGGGGCUGAAGCAGGAGAAGGCCAACGAGCUUCUCAUCCAAGCCCAGCAGCAACUGGUAGCCGAUGCAAAGGUCAUGGAGAGCCUCUACCCGCUAUCCAAACUGGCCGCGGAGCACCUGGGCCUCUCCCACGAUAAGAUGGACGUCCUGGGCCAACCGCUGCCCCCUCCCCAACAGGCCCUCUCCGAAGCCCACACCAUUGACCGCUACUCACCCAGCUAAAACCACAUGGCCUAUAUAAAUCACCAAUAGGCCUGUGUGCACACACACAACUUGCAGUAUUCUAAAGCCAUUCACCUCAACUCAGUAUCUCCUCUGCACCUCAGACUCAGGCCAAGAGGAAUCGGUCUGUUCAUGCACACCAACAUGUGUAGACUAUAAAUGCCUUUCUAUGCAUCUAAUGUAUCUUAAAAGUCCUCCUUUAUAAAGGAGCUUUGUGCUAUUUUCCGUGACCAAGACUCAAAGAAGUACAGUAUUUAUGUACAGUCUAUGCAAACAAAAAAAAAUUACAGCGAUUGAGCCAAAGUGACAAAUUGAAAAACCAAAAUGAAAAUUGUCUUAUUUAUUUUUGUAUUAUGAUGAAAUCCAAAGAGAAACUGUUGCAAGGAAACGUUGCAAUCUGACCCUAAACCUGUGUACUAUUGAGUAUGAAAAAAAGCACAUAAAGGACAUGAUUCAGGGUUUCGGUCCAGAUCAGAGCGGAACUUUUACCAAAUGAAUAAGCCAACUCUUCUGGACUUUAAAGUAAUGGGAGGAUAUAUUUUUUUCUUCUUUCUUUUUUUGGGGUACUGGACAAUUUAUGUAUCUCAAUCUCCAGCUUCUCCAAAUCAUGUUCCUGCUCCCCAAUGACUGAACGAUAAGAGCGAUUGCUUCAGCAUUUCGGUAACGUCUCCUCUGUUUUAUUUUCCCCACAUUUUUAAAAAAUAACCGCCACACAUUUGUGCCGAUAAAGACUAUGUGACAGUAUUGGUAGCUUAAUCAGCCUCACACACAGUGUGUAACCCUUCUUGAGCUAAAACUUCCUCUCCAUUUUCGACUAACAUCCCUCAGCUUUCAGUUGUUAUUGAGAUGCAGCGAGCACAGCCCUGUGAUCUCAUAACUGGGACAUGAUUGCACAUACCCGACAGAUGACACACUAAUCCCUGUUCAUGAUGAGUGCAGCUUCAUCUCAUGGUGUAGACGAAGCAUGGGUGUUGCCUCUGACAUUGUGUAAUAUCGACAAUUACGGAUGCAGUCGAGCAGAAAGGCAGGGACCGGGUCAGAAUUAAUGGCACAGAAAUCUGUCAUUUAGCGUCAAGAGCAAUUACUCCGCUCGCAGCAGCCUGGUGAUUAAUCGCGUAGUAGUCGGAUGCCGCGUCGCCGCUCCACUGUCCAACCUCUCGUUCGACCUCCCUCCCCUGUAGUCUGUUGCUACUGUUGACAGGCCAAAGUAAGUCCAGCCCUUUGGCCUUAAAAGCACUCCACUCACCACACACACACAUAGCGAGCUGCUAAUCUGCACCGUGAUAUGAACAUAAGAAGGGGUUUGUGGGUCUUCCCUGGGAGCCGGCGGGCGAGCAGCACACCCCAGCUGCUGUGCCUCAGUAAUCCCUGUGAAAUCCCACUUUCUCCUGGACAAUUCCCACCGCUCGCCGGCACCAUGUCCCAUUUCAUGCCUGCCAUCUUACCCCUCUGAUCCACUUAUUAACAUCAUAUCCGAGCCUAGCAAAUGUCUCCCCCUCGGCCUCGUCUCCCUCCUUCCCCGCUGGUAUCAAAACGCGGAAACAAGGAAUGACAUAUUUCUGUGUUCGUCUGACCAGCGGGGUUCCUCCAGCUUGAAAACAAAAGAGCACUUAGAAAAGGUCGCGGGUUGACGGCACAUUUUUGUCUUUAAAAUGUUUAUUCCAAAGAAACAUGCUGGCCUUUUCUUUUUCCAUUUUUACUGGUCCUUGAUUCAGAUUAGACAUGUCUGACCACUAUAGUGCCAAUGCCAACCUCAGUGGGUGAAUGUGAAGACUUAAAGCCAUAAAUACACUGUGAUAGACGUGGUGAAUCUUAAAGGCUUAAAAAAAUAACAGAGACAAUGUGCCUGACUUUUAGGAUUGUUUUUUUAAUGUAACAAUAAUUUAAGGGCUUCUUCUCUGUAGCAUAUGAUCAUAUCAAACAUGUUGUUUUCUGUCACUUAACUUUUCUUUAUUUUGAUUUGAACUGAAAGCAGCGCACGUGAAACUGGUGCUUACCUCAGGACUGAACCCAGCAUGGGGACGCUAAGCUUUGCUAAACCUUUACAAUUACACACACACUUACACUUACACACACACACACACACACUUUUUUAUUUUCUUAUUAACAGGGCAGUUGUCCUGUGUUAAACCUGUGGUUAUUUCUGUGUUUAUAAAUUUCUUGUUACACUUUUACGGCGGAGAGAUAACAUGUGAUAUUAACAUUUUUUUGUUGUUUUUAUUUGUACUAUGCGGUAUACGUUUUCUAUUGUGAUGUCCUCCAAGAGGCUUGUGCCGAUCUGACCAAUUCCAUUGUUUUAACAUAAGGCAAAGUCAUUUUGGUAGUAUCUUAACUGGCUGUUUGUGAAUUUUUUCUGAACCACAUUUUAGCGAGCAUGAUGGCACCAAUCUUUGGUUUCAACCACACAUACAUAAGUCUAGGUUACGAGUUUGAAAUGUCUCCACGAGACAUGAUGUACUUCCCUAAACACACGAGCAGUCUGUAUAUGAAAACUAGCCUCAUAUUGUUUGACCUUUUUUCCCCAGAGGUUAUUGAACUUUCAAUGACGAGAGUCAGACUGAGGCCGUGCGUGCACAUAAAACACAGCUUGUUUUGGGUGAUGCUUAAAGUCUUGGGACUCUUUUAUUUCGCUCUGUGACUAAAAAAAGAAAGGAUUGCUUAAUGAAACAAUAUUAAACGGUGAGAACUUGGUCCGCAAGCAUGUGCAUACGUGUUAAAAAAGGGGCGGAAGUGUCAGUCGUGGGAAUUUCAGUUCCCUUCUCAUUCACUAGUUUAAAUGAAAAUCCGUCUCCUCCUUUUCCCUGCCUUACACCACUAAAAUAACACAAAGUGUUUCCACUGUCACUCCAAAUCUGUGCAGGAGGGAAGAGCAAGAUAGCGGCUGAACAUUUCUGUAGGAUGUGCACUGUUUGAAAUUUGCUUAAUUGCAUUAAUGUGUAUAUGAGAGACAGAGGAGGGGGGUGUAUCUAUAGAAAGGGGAAGCUUGUCUGUUUGUGCGUCCCUAUGCCAUUGGAGCGUACACGAAGGGCUGUUAAUGCACGUCCUGGGAAUAGCAGGGUUGGUGUGAAGGAGAAGAGCUGAGGAGCAGGAAGUGAACUUUUGGCUGGUGUGUGUUGUGCUGAGCAGGAUGUGCCGUGUGUUUCUGCUCAGGGGCAGAUAGAGAGACGGAGAAUGGGGAGGGAGAGGAGCAGGGAGAGCGCAGCGGGGUGGACGCGAGCCAUUGUCUCAGUAUGAAAGCCUGUUCGUACUUCUAAAAAGUCUCCAUUCAGAAAACAAGUGGACUGUAUCUUCUCUUUUCCUUCCCCUUUUUGCUCUUUUGGGAAUAGACCUCUGCUCAGUAUCACAGUGAUACGACAUCAUGGGCUUUCAAGGGGCUGCGCGAUCGAGGAAGACGUCUAUUCAUUUUGUUACAAUUUGACAAUAAUAUUGUUUGGCAUCCUUUCGGUCACAGGAAUUCAUUACAACAUUUUUUCCAUAUUAUGUUGAUAACGUUUUCUUUUAAAUUGGGGCACGGCUGAUCAAUCCAAAGGGCCUGGAAACUGUAAUGUAAAUCACAAUUAAAAAACUGGCAGUAUUUUUAUUGCUCUGUGGUUGAUUCAAUUAGUUAAAUUACAUGAGUCUUGUUUCAAUUUACUGGCGCAGCCACUCGCCCCUUGGGGGUUUUAUGCCAUAUGCCUUUGUUAAUGUUAUUUAGAUGACAACCCAGAAAACCUCUCGUUGCCACCAAAGUGGUUUAAAUGAAGAUGUUUAGAAAGCAAUAAAAUUAAAACAAUUUAUUAGUUACAUUAAUUGAAAUAAGGAAAAUGAAUGCAAAUAGAAAUGAGUGCAGUAAGACAAAACGACGACUAUCAGAUGUGGGUUGAUCAUUUUAUUUUAUUUUUUAGGCCACUUCAUUCCUUUCUAAUGUUGUUAUGGCAACCAUCCCAGGCCCGUAACUUUUAUAACACUAACAUAGAAGUAAAAACCGUCUGGAUGAAUUCCAGCGGCCCCGUGUAGACCAAAAAAGGUUUAAUGUUAAAAAAUGCAAAGCAUGCCUUUAAGCUUUCUAGCAGCGGCUGCGGGCCGAGGUCACCUAUGUGACUCUGACGGGCUGAACGGUCCUGAUCCACAAUCAUACCACUGUUUGACAUUUAUUGUAUUUCACGAUGCGUGCCAAAAAGGACUGAAGCGUUUAGCAGACGUCGGAGUUGCUCAAAACAAAACGCCGCGACAAUCUUUGUAGUUUCCACGAGCUAAGCUUCUGACCAACUUUGACUUUGCCUUGUAAAGAAAGCUGUUAUCUAUGUGGCUUAUUUUGAGAGCACAGCAGACAUACCACUAUUGUCCAGUGUACAUAUUUCUUUUUACGAGGACUAAAUGUAAGCUAGAGCCAAAUGAUAUCAAUAAUCACGCCUUAUUUUGGAACCAAAAACGGACUCUUUAAGUCAACCAAUGCAAAUGUGCCUUGAAUAUAACAAGCGUUGAUGAUUCUGCAAUAACUUGUAUGCCUGUGUGUGUGUGUAGGUGUCCACAUAGUGCACCUGUCCAUCUACAUGUCUGAACGCCUUUCCCACAGUGUAGCAGGGUGAAGCACAAGAGAGAGAUUUGACACUUUCAGGAGUCUUUAUUACAAGCAGCUGCUUUAGAUUUAUUUCCCCAAACUGCACUUUUCUGGAAAAAUCAUUGUAUUGUGAUUUUUUAUUACCCUUAUGAUCCCCUAGAAGUCCCACAAUUGCCUUUCCUUUGGCACUUUGCUCUCCUCCUCUUCCUCCCUCCAGUGCAGCGCUUGGCCACGCUCGCUCGCCGCCCCUUGUUACCUCGGAGCACAUGCUUCCCUCCUCACCUCUCGCUGUCCCCUCUCUCCUCUUACACUCAACACAAACCGCUGACCCGCAGCGCCCGCCGCCUCCCUCCGUCCCUCCCUCCCUCUCCCGUGAUCCACUUACUUCCAGCUGUUUUUCAUGCCGAAGAAGACAGUUGUCUAAAUGUUUACGCGAAGAGCUACUUUCUUUUUCUUCAAGCCCUGAUCGAUUUCCAAAAUGAACUUCGUGGCAUGUGUUAAAAUACAGCAGAUGACGGGCCAAAUAAAAAAAAAAAAGUUAUUGUAUUCUGAUCCUCGAGCCAAGAGACGGCUUACAAAGGGAGAUUAAAGACAGCAUAUCGUUGUAGAGGAAAUGCAGAAUAAUGUGAGGGGAAAUGUUCGGGGGAAAAUAUGCUCAGAAAGAUGCCAGUAAAGUAAACAUGUAUGAAAUUGCACAAUUGAGCCGGGCCUCGGCUGCACCAGCCAAGUCAUGCACUGAGAUGAAGAGAACAAGGGAGUGAGAGGAGGAAGAGAAGCAGAAACAGAGAGAAAAGUAGCCUGCGCUUGAUAGUCAUAACCUUCAGUAAAUCACAAAGAAAAGCUGGUUGCUUCACCUCUUUUCCCCCCCCACCUCAUUCUGUGAGUUAUUUCAUUUCCCUCUUUUAGGAAAUUAUCUUUUGAGGAAAUGAAUUUUUUUUUUUCCUUUUCAUUGUUGAUUGCUGCAGGUUAUUGUCAAGGUCUUUUUUGUUUAAAUGUUAAUGUCAGCGUGCCCUCAGAGAUGUCACCCCUUUUCCAGACCUAACAAUUAUCACCCAAUCAGCACGCGACCCACAGUAGUCUCUUUGUAGUUGAAUAAGGAAUGGGCUUCUGGCGUCUUCCAUCUGUUUCUGUCUCUACCUUGAACACACACAGACUAAGUGGCUUGAAUCUUUUUCGUUUACAGUGUACAAUUUCUGCUCCAGAAGUUUAAAUUCAAAAGACAAACAAACGAGCAAGGACAAAACAAGCAGGAAUUUGGAAGAGCGAAAGUUGGUCAAGGAAAGGAUUUGAUUGUAUAUCCCACACACACACACACAGAUGUACACACACAUACACACAUACAGCUGGAUGGCAGACCGCUGCUCCAGAUUAGAUCAGAUUUAAUUAGGUUUCCCCGCGCCGUUUGGAGUGUCGCUUCUUGUACAAAAAGCCAUUAUAUUAAAGAAAAGGUGAUUCCACUGACGGCUUCCUCCCAACACACAGUAAAACCUGUGCCAAAAUGUUACAGAGCCUCAGGGUCCUCACACACACACACACAAAAAAAAACAUCUAUUCUGGUUUUGGAAAAAGGCUAUGUGUAGAAAUGAUGGAUUAUGAUCUAAUGAAGAUCGCUGUGACGUUUCGAGGUGGUUGUACCCGACUGGUUGUGGUUCACGGAUAAGAAAGUUCAGCAGACUGCCACGCAGACAGUAGUAGCUGCGGAUAGAUGGAAAAAAGAAUACAUGACAGAACAUACAUCACAAAUUUACAAUGGAAAUGAGAGUUUUCAGUUGGAAGACAGGAUCUUAUUUCAGCAGGCAUGUGAAGCAGAAACAUCAAUAAUGUCCAGUGUUUCGUUUUUGUGGUUUUACAAGAGUUUAUACUAUAAAAACAAUUCAAAGCAAUACAUUAAAACCAAAACAGUAUUUCCUGCAUUUCAUUGUCAAUAUUGAUCUUACUUUGCUUUAGAGAAAUGAAUGUAUUUAUUGCAUGUCAACAUGUUUUAUAGUUAAUUUUUUUGUGUAAAUUUCAAUUGUGGGUUUUUAUAAUAAUUUCAUUUAAUUAUGGCGUCUUGAUAAAAUCAUGUUGAUAAAGGCUUUUAUUUUUGUAAAAGCCAAUGUGAAAAAAUGUCAUGUUUGUUUUGUUUGUCACUAUACUCAAAAUCAACUUGGCAAUAAAGUGAAUUGCAUAACGGA